AUGUUCACCUCUAAAACUAUCAUCGCCGUCCUCGCCGCCAUCGCGGGCCUUGCAUCCGCCGCUCCUUCCAAAGCCUCCUCCUCUUCCUCAUCGGCCAUCCCCUCCCCCUCUACCACCCCUUAUCUGACAACAUUCUACCUCCGAAAUACCGCCAUCACCAACGACAGCGGCUGCGUCGUCGAAGUCGACUCGUACACCGGCUGCGACGAAGUCGCCGUUCUCAGCGGCACUCAAAACUGCUCUGACAUCCAGGGAACGAUCUCCCAGCCGCUCUGUGGAGGCUCAUCUGUCACUGCUGAUUUUCAGGGUGGCGACCGAGGAACUCAUCUUUCGUACUAUGAUGAGAACCAGACGCUUGUGGCUUAUUGUAUCUUGCCGUCAAAUCCGGGGGCGUCGGCGAAGUGUGCUACGACUGAUUAG